AUGUCUUCCAGUGGCACUCUCAGUAACUGCUAUGUGGACGCUAUAAUGGGGCAGGAGCCGGAGGAUGUGUACGGUGCUCGCUUUAUUCAGGCUCCACACGCGAUGACCCCGAGGCCGUCAGGUGCUGGGGACAACGCAGACUUUUCCUCGUGUAAUUUUGCACCGAAAUCCGCUGUUUUCUCGCCGUCCUGGUCCUCAGUUCAUCCUCAGGGGAUUUAUCAUCCAUAUGUGCACCACCACCACCACCAGUCCCAUCUGCCUGCGUCGGACGGGAGAUACGUUAGCGUCCGACCGUGGAUGGACCCCAUUUCGAACCACGUUUCGUUCGCCGGAUUCCCCUCCAGCAGUCGGUCGUACGGGACAAAGCCAGAGGUCUUGCCUGCUAAAUCUUCAGAUUGUGACACGUUGGAAGCGGAGGCUCGGCCGCUCGCUGGCGAAUUCAUGUGCGGAGUAUCGGAGUGUCCAGAAAAAGCAACCAAAGAGCACAGUGGAAGUGAGCUUUCGAGCCACAGCGAACCCAAAGAGGAAAAACAAAAACUUGACCCAAGUAACCCUGCAGCAAAUUGGAUUCAUGCACGCUCGACGAGAAAGAAGCGAUGUCCCUACACAAAAUAUCAGACUUUAGAGCUAGAGAAGGAGUUCCUCUACAACAUGUAUUUGACAAGAGACCGGCGCUAUGAAGUCGCUCGCAUACUCAGUUUAACGGAGAGACAAGUGAAGAUCUGGUUCCAGAACAGGAGGAUGAAAAUGAAGAAGAUGAACAGAGAGAGGAACGGCAAGGAACAGCUAUAA